AUUCAUAUAUCUGGGUCAGUCUAUACAAAGUUUAUUCGGAUUCGAUUGAACCUUUGUUAGUGAACGAUAAAAUUGAUCUAUCAGAUUAUUUAAUCAUUGAACCGAAUACCGAGUUUAAAAAAAAAAAAAAUACCAUCAGAAACAUAAAUCAGAGACAAAACAUUAUUAACAACAUUGUCGUAGGUACUGUGUUUUUUUAAGAUCAGAUUCAAAGUCCCACUCACAGAGAUAACAGAACAACCCAUGUUACUCUUUCACUCUAUUUAUUUCUUUCUUCUGCAAAACUAAACUUUCUCAUUACCAUUUCAAAAACUUUCCCUCCAUUGUAGAAAAGCUAUGGAAACCAACUCAGUUUCCAAGCUUCUUCUGUUACUAUUCUUCACUAUCUUCUUUCUUGGUUCUGAGGUUAUUCAUUGUACUGUAACAUAUGAUAGAAAAGCUAUUAUCAUCAAUGGCCAAAGGAGAAUCCUCAUCUCUGGUUCCAUUCAUUAUCCAAGAAGCACCCCUGAAAUGUGGGAGGAUCUGAUUCAAAAAGCAAAAGAUGGAGGGUUAGAUGUUAUUGAUACUUAUGUGUUUUGGAAUGUUCAUGAACCUUCUCCUGGCAAUUACAAUUUUGAAGGAAGGUACGAUCUAGUACAGUUCAUUAAGACAGUGCAGAAAAAGGGUCUUUAUGUACAUCUUAGAAUUGGACCUUAUGUUUGUGCUGAGUGGAACUUUGGAGGAUUUCCUGUUUGGUUGAAGUAUGUUCCUGGGAUCAGUUUCAGAACAGAUAAUGGUCCUUUUAAGGCUGCAAUGCAAGGUUUUACACAGAAGAUUGUUCAAAUGAUGAAGAAUGAAAAGCUGUUUCAGUCACAAGGUGGUCCAAUAAUUCUUUCACAAAUUGAGAAUGAGUAUGGCCCACAAGGAAGAGCACUUGGAGCUUCUGGUCAUGCAUACUCAAACUGGGCUGCAAAAAUGGCUGUUGGAUUAGGUACAGGUGUCCCUUGGGUGAUGUGUAAGGAAGAUGAUGCCCCAGAUCCAGUGAUAAAUGCUUGCAAUGGUUUUUACUGUGAUGAUUUCUCUCCCAAUAAACCAUACAAGCCUAAACUAUGGACUGAGUCUUGGAGUGGUUGGUUUUCAGAAUUUGGUGGAUCGAAUCCCCAGCGACCAGUUGAGGAUCUCGCGUUCGCAGUUGCUCGUUUCAUACAAAAGGGUGGCUCGUUUUUUAAUUAUUACAUGUACCACGGAGGAACUAAUUUCGGACGAUCGGCUGGAGGACCAUUCAUAACUACAAGCUAUGACUAUGAUGCUCCAAUUGAUGAAUAUGGUUUGUUAAGAGAACCUAAAUAUGGUCAUUUGAAGGACCUUCAUAAAGCUAUCAAGCAAUGUGAACAUGCCUUGGUUUCUUCAGAUCCUACUGUUACAUCAUUAGGAGCAUAUGAACAGGCACAUGUAUUCUCUUCAGGAACAACCUGUGCAGCUUUUCUAGCAAACUAUCAUUCGAAUUCGGCUGCAAGAGUGACCUUCAAUAAUAGGCACUAUGACUUGCCUCCUUGGUCCAUAAGUAUCCUCCCUGAUUGUAGAACAGAUGUAUUUAACACUGCAAGAAUGAGGUUUCAACCUUCACAAAUCCAAAUGUUGCCUAGCAAUUCUAAGUUGUUAUCAUGGGAGACCUAUGAUGAAGAUGUAUCUUCGCUAGCGGAAAGUUCUAGAAUCACAGCUUCUAGACUUCUAGAACAGAUAGAUGCUACCAGAGACACUAGUGACUAUCUAUGGUAUAUAACAAGUGUUGACAUAAGUUCAUCUGAAUCAUUUCUUCGUGGAAGGAACAAACCAAGUAUUAGUGUGCAUUCCUCUGGUGAUGCUGUUCAUGUGUUUAUCAAUGGGAAAUUUUCAGGCUCGGCUUUUGGGACAAGGGAAGACAGAAGUUUCACAUUUAACGGCCCUAUUGACCUACGUGCUGGAACUAACAAAAUAGCACUUCUCAGUGUAGCUGUUGGAUUGCCUAAUGGUGGAAUCCAUUUUGAAUCAUGGAAGUCAGGAAUCACAGGUCCAGUUUUGCUUCAUGAUCUUGACCAUGGACAGAAGGAUUUGACAGGGCAAAAAUGGUCAUACCAGGUUGGCCUAAAAGGUGAAGCUAUGAAUUUGGUGUCUCCCAAUGGAGUCUCAUCUGUUGACUGGGUGAGCGAGUCAUUAGCUUCCCAAAACCAGCCACAGUUGAAAUGGCACAAGGCUCAUUUCAAUGCACCUAAUGGAGUUGAACCAUUAGCAUUGGACAUGAGCAGUAUGGGAAAGGGUCAAGUAUGGAUCAAUGGACAAAGCAUAGGAAGAUAUUGGAUGGUUUAUGCAAAGGGUAACUGUAAUUCUUGCAACUAUGCUGGAACUUAUCGUCAAGCGAAAUGCCAAGUUGGUUGUGGACAACCUACUCAAAGAUGGUACCAUGUUCCAAGGUCCUGGUUAAAACCAAAAAACAACUUGAUGGUAGUUUUUGAGGAAUUAGGAGGGAAUCCUUGGAAAAUAUCUCUGGUGAAGAGGAUAAUACAUACUCCAAGAUCUAGUAAACCAAAUUUAAUGACUAAUACAACACAAGGAUGAGAACAAAAAUGGUGAUUGACAUGACAUCAAAUUACAAGGUGCCAUAAUUAUGAAGAAUAAAGUUUUUUUAUUUAUGCAGCUGUGGAAUUCUAUAUAGUUUCCAUUGGCAUAGCAUGAUUGAUACGAGAGGUGUGUGACCAAGUUCAUUAUUAAUUUAUUCUUUGAACUUGAGUGUCAAUGUAUUUACUUGGAAGAGAGAAAAUUACAAAAUUCAGACAUGUUAGUGCUUUUCUAUGUAAUUUGUUUGUAACUAAUAUCAAUGAAUCUAUCUACUCAUGCAAUUAUUUAGUUGGUUGGCAUAUUCAAUCAUCAAUAUA